AUGGAAAUAAGCAAUACAUGGUCUAAUUAUAAUAUUUUAUUGAAUACUAUAUUGGAAAAUUCUAGAUCUCUUUAUCUUGGCUUUAAUGAUGGUAUAUUGCAGUUGUAUUCUUGCGAAGAAAAUAUUAAGCAAGAAAUAAAAUUAGAAAUGAGUAGAUAUUUGAAUACAAUUCCAAGUAUUGUAUAUUCAUUUCCUUUUUCUUUUUGUUUAAGUAAUUUUGAUUUUAGAGAUAUUAUAAGCAAUAGUUAUUAUAAUUACUUAUCAGUUGAUAAGGAUACUUGGAUAAUAAAUUCAUUCUCAAAUUUUUACGACAUCAUAGAAAGUAUAGGAAAUUGCAUGGAUAAAAUCCUCUCCAAUGCACUUGCACAAGAAUCCGACUUUCUAUUAGAACCAAUAAUUGAUUCUAAAAAACAAAUUUGGGCAAUCCAUCAAAAAAUGAGAAAUUAUUCAAUUAAUAACCCAAAUGAAGAGUUUGCAUUUGGUCAAAAUACUUUAAUUUGUAAUUAUUCUAUGAUACUCGAUUUGGAAGGUAGCCCAAGAAUCACAGGAGUUGUAAUUAAUGGGAGCGAAUAUCAAGCACCUAUCUUUACAACCGAGACAAAAUCACAAGAUUUAGAUCGCACUAACUUAACAUAUAACGGGGUUGAUAUCAAAACUGAAGAAGUUGAAGAAAUUAACCACGAUCAUAUUCUUUUAGAAACUCAAACAAAUAAUAGUGAUCAACUAUAUCCGAAUCAGCUUAGCUCUAUAGGUCAGGAAUUCGAAGAUAGAACAUUUCAAAGAAAAUUAAUUGAACUAGAUUAUUUAAAUCAACUAAGAACUAUUAUACAGGAAAGAAACCAUUUUUUUGUAAAUAAAACAAUUUCAAGAGCCCUAAAUAAUUCGACUAGUGUUCUGGAUAAUAAUGAUAGUUCAAAAUCACCAUUUAAUAGAACAAUAUAUAUUCCAACAUCUUCUAUAUUAAGCAAUAUUGAAGUAUUUUCGGAAGGUAUGAAAGAGCUAGAAAGAAAUUUAAGUAAUAAUUUGGUUGGCAGUAUAAUAUUUAUUCAAAUUCUUUCGUUAAUAAUAAUUCUCAUUUCUAUGCUUUUUGUUGUUUUUAUAUUUAUUCCACUAAUAUUAGUGGAGAAUGAAAAAGGAAAGGAAAUAUUCUCAAAUUAUGGAUUUUUAAUACUAGAAAGAUAUAAAUAUUUUUCCAGAAAGUAUUCAAACGAGAUUAGUAGUUCUUUGACAGAAUUCUACUUAUUAUUUGAGCAACUUUUUAGUAUUAUUCAUAAAAUGGUAGAAAAACCAAAAAAAAAUUACGCUAUAAAUACCAAAAAGAUAAAUGAAGCUCAGAAUUUUGAUAAUACCAAAAAUGUAGAAUUGAUCUUCAUUUACAAGCAAUUAAUUGGAAUAAUUAAGUUUAAAUUAUUUUACCUCAGGAAAUUCUCUAUUUGUAGCUCAUAUUGCCUAGCAUUAAUUAACGAAUACCACAAAAAUUUGAAUAUUGAAGAUAUUAACGAAAAUAAUACAAAUAUGAAUUCAAUAUUGGAAAUUGUUUCGAAAUUAAUAGACGGAAAUUCACUAAUGAUUGAAGUAAGAACUAAGACAAACAAUGAACAAAUUAAUAAUAUCGAUUUCUUCAAAUCAAUCUUAAUUUAUAUCAUCAUUUCCAAUUUAGUUUAUUUAACGAAUUCGAUUUUAGGCGAAAACAAAAGAAUAAAGCUCAUCUCUGAAAAAAAAUCAAUCAUACUCUCAAUAGGUUCAGAAGAAGAAAAUAGAUAUUUGUUAAAUAAUCAAUUUAUUUUGUUAAAUAUAUUAAAUUCCAUUGGCGAAAAUUGCAGUUCAAAUAUAGAUGAAUGCUUUGAGGAAUUUGUUAUCGAAAAUAAUUGGCUUAAUAUUUUAAUUGAACAAUUAAAUUUGGAAUUUUCUAUUAGAACAAAUUCGAAGGAAAUACUAAUUGAAAUAUCAAGCAAAAAUAACACUAAAAAAGUAAUUUUGUGUCCAGGUGAAAAAAAUAUAAAAAAUGAAAUAUUGGAAAAUGGUUUAUUUGUAUUAAUUCUAGAAAACAAUAAUUCAUAUCAAAAUUACAUUAUUGAAGAAGAAUGUUCAAAAAUGGGAAUUAAUUUUAUUCAGACAAAAUUUUCGAAUUUAAACCUGAUUUCAGCCGUUAAAAUGGAAUUUCUAAUCAUUUUUGUUAAUAAAAUGUUCAUUAAACUAGACGAAAUAAUUAAAAAAGUUUCAGAAAUGAUCAAUGAUCAAUCCACUCUUCGUGAAUUAAUUAUAUUCUGGUUGGAAAAUGAUGAAAUUGUUCCCGAUGGUUUGAUUUUUUCUGAUAAUUUAGAUGAGUCAAACCAAAACUUGUAUUAUUUGCUAGAUAACAAUCCCCUAAGUAUCGAACAUGUUAAUAAUAGGAAGCUUACAAAAACGAAAAUAAACCAAUAUUUCUUAAAAAAGCAAUUAUCUCACUCGAAUCUACAAAAGCUAUUAUCAAUGUUUUUUCCUAAGAAAACCAAAACAGAUUACCAAUAUUUAACAAUGUGUUCUCCACUUCAAAAUAUUAUUAAUAUUAUCGAUAACAAUAUCAUUUUUCAGUUAUCCACUAAAAACUUCUUUGCAAAUGACUUUAUCUUCAAACUAAACAAUUUAAAAUAUUAUGAAGAGAGCUAUAAUUACAAUGAAAGUAAAUAUUUAUUUGAUAAAUUCACAAAAAUAAAUAAUAAUGAUAUUCCGAUUAAAGACUUAAGACAUUCACUAUCAAUUUAUUCGAUGACCAGACCAUUUGAUUGGAAAAAAAAUAUUGAUCAAAAAUCAGUAAAAUUGAGUUUUAUUAAUUCAGAAUCGCAAAAUAGAGAAUCUAAUUAUGAAAUAUUGACUACUCAGCUUUUAAUUAUUUCAGAAGAUGAAUUAACACGUAAAAUAGGCAAUGCUAUUAAAGAUGUUUUAUUAUUGUUGUCAAUAGAUAAAAUACAAGAACGAACUGACAUGCUGAUGAAUUUUUGGUUGUUUAUUAAGAGAAGUAUUUUUAUCAAAAAUGAGAAAUUAUUACAGUAUUAUUGCCCUCCAUUAGUUUUUCAUUGUAUAUUUGUAUUGAAAAUUUUAAUCAAAAACUCCAUAAAUUUGAUUGAAAAUGUUGCUUUUGAUUUCAAUAAUAUUUUGGCAUUAAUAAUCAGCUUCAUUUCAAUCCCAUUUAUCAAGCCAGGAAUUUCGUCUAAUACGAUUUUAUUUUCAAGCGAAAUAAUACCUGUUUAUACAAAUGAACUUCCGCCUUUAGAAUCACAAAUAUGCAACAUUUUGGAGAGUGUUUUAUCUUUACCAAAGUUUUCCAACUUAUUUGAUGAUUUUGAGGUUAUUUCAUUUGGAAUUAAAAAAUGGAUAGAAGACAAUGCAAAGGAUCAAAAGCCAAUAGGAGCAACUUUUAAGGCUUUUGAGCCAAUUAUAAAUCAUAUAGUCUGUGACAGUAACGCACUUUUUGUAUCAAUUCUUUUUAAUGCAAUUUUAUAUAGUCAGCCCAUGUUUGAAAAAGAAUAUUCUGUUGCCUGGAUAAAAAGAUGGAUUACUCAAAAAUAUUGGGAAGACAAAUUUGAAGAAUUAAUAAAUACAAGUUUUAAUGCAAAAAUCUCAGUUCAAGUUAGAAAAUUUCCGAAUGGAUCAGAUCUGUUCAACAACUUUACUAUUCCAUGGCUAAAUGCUAUAUAUCAAUUUGAUCAACUUUAUUCAAGAAAUUCCUAUGAAGGUAGUUUCUUUGUUGAAUCAUUUUCUAGAAUCAAAAGUAACUUUGAUGCUUGGAACGAAGAAUAUAAAAAAAAUACAUGGGAUAUUUAA